CGGCGCGCGCGCAUAGUCCAAGCGCGUCGCUCUCGCACGGUGCACGCGGCGAUCUGAUACGCGCACGUAUAAAAGGGCACGCACCCUCGGGCCAGUUCACUAUUUUUUUCCACCGUUUACGGACCACAUCACACCAAAAUGUCUCUCGAAAUCGACCAUCUGAGACACAGCGAGGACGAAAAUGACACCGAAGGAGUCGUCCUGGCCAAAGGAGUUUCCAUGGCGGUGCUGUUCUGUGCCUCCAUGAUCUGUGGUAUUGCACCGCUGCUGAUCUCCAAGCGGUUCAACCUGGUGUCUGCGGAGGAAGCCAGCAAUCUGAAAUCCACCAACAGGAUCGUGAUGACGCUUCUCUCCUUCGGAGGAGGCGUGCUGCUGUCCACAACGUUCAUGCACUUGAUGCCUGAAAUCCAGGAGAACGUCGAAUAUUUACAAAGUCUCGGCCGCAUGCAAGAGUUUGACUUCUCGCUCACGCCCUUGCUGACAUGCUGCGGUUUCUUCAUCAUGUACUUGGUGGAGGAAUUAGUUCACAUGUACAUCCACCAUCGGGAAAGGAAAAACGGGCAGGUGGCGCCACUGGUGCGCAAUUUGAGCGUGCGUCGCAGUCGCGCGGGCACCGACAGCAAUGGCGACCAAAGCAUUACCAACUCAACAGCUGACCUCGUGGAUUCAGACUCACUUAAAAAAAAGGAUCCUGAAACAACUCAUCAUCAUGGCCACUCCCAUAACCACAGCCACAUGCCUCCCCCGGUGGGUGAUGACGUAACUUCUGCCCUGCGCGGACUGCUUAUCGUCCUGGCUCUUUCUAUCCACGAGUUAUUCGAAGGUCUCGCAGUUGGUCUUGAAUCGAGCACCUCCCACGUUUGGUACAUGUUGGGCGCUGUUUCAGCACACAAACUUGUCAUAGCAUUUUGCAUUGGAGUAGAACUUAUCGCCACCCGAACCAAGACUGUGUUGGCGAUUGUGUACAUCACAACUUUUGCCAUUGUCUCUCCUUUGGGUAUCGGCAUUGGUUUGCUCUUGGUGGGAGGUGAGGGCGCCACUGCUGCGGGCGUGUACUCCGUGGUCCUGCAGGGUCUGGCAUCGGGAACACUGCUCUACGUCAUCUUCUUUGAAAUCUGGAAGGGCGACAGAACUGGUAUUUUCCAAUACAUCGCAUCGGUCGUCGGAUUCUUCAUUAUGUUCGGAUUGCAGCUUCUAACUGGACACUCGCACAGCCAUGGCGGACACGAUCACUCCCACAACCGAAGAUAAGAAGUUUUCGCCAUCAUAAAAGUUACUAGAACAAUACUUACUAAGUACCUACUUACCUACUUAACGUUUAACAAUGUGAUAUAAUUUAAGGCUAAGUUUCUUUCUUGUUCUCCAAUGUUGAAGUCCUUCAAUUAAUUUCGGAAGAGGCAGGUCAUUCGGUCAAAUUUAUCUUACUUUAUUUGAAUUUGAAAUAGAUUAAGAACUCUAACUUGACGCACAUAUCUAAAUGUAAGUAGAAUUAGUUAUUUAUUAAAAUUGAAGGACUUCGAAACUUACCUUUUAUGUAAAACUAAAAAUAUGCAGGUAUAGUAAAUAAUUAAUUAUGCCUAUAAUGUAUGAACGUCUAACAGUUAUAAAAAGCUAGUUUAGCAAAAACUAGAAACAUCACAUCCAAUAAGUAUUAAUAAGUUAAUUUAUAAACAAGGUGAACAUAAUAAUUAGUUUAUUAUUGAUAUUCAAAAGUAUGUUCAAUCUAGUCAACGCCGUAUGAGUAGCAGAACCUAAUCAAAAUUUAAACAGUUUCUUAUAAAUUAGUAACACUUUAUUCUUCUUUCUUGUAACAAAAAACAUUGUUUCUUACGAUAAAACAUAGUUUCAACUUUCUUAAACUUAUAACAUUGGACUGUUACUGUCUGUGAUACAGAAGAUGAUGUGGUUAACAUACUUAGGCCAUUAUUAUAAUACUAAUAGAUAAGUAAGUACAAAGAGUUGCAGAUGUAAUGUAAAUAAAUAGUUACUCGGAAGUAAAACGGAUAAUUUUGAAGUACAGUGUUACUCAUAUUCUGCCAAGAUUUUGACACAAUUAUAAGUUAUGUAAGAUU